UGUUCACUUCCUUUACAUUUUGUUCAAUUAUUUUGCUCCUUUGUUGUUUUCCUUUACACGCACCAAAGCGAUCCUCAACAUGUCCAUCCACACAAUUAUGUCGGCGGGAUCGAUGGAUUCCGUUGCCAGUGUGCAAUAUCUUGGGGUGCACAAAUCCGUUGUACCCCAGCAGCAGGACGAACUCGAUGAGGACAUGGAGGAGUUAUACAGGAGGAUAAUGCCUAUAGAUCCCAACUACGAUCCGGCGCUAUGUCGGGAUCAGUUCCUGCAGACCUUAUUUGAUGAUCUGGGUAUCUGCUCUUCGAAUGAAGAAGUUCCUGAAGGAUCCCCGAUGGGCUCUGCCUUUAGUGCAUAUUCGUUGGACCCUCAAUCCGCACGACCUCCGAAUUGGACCCUCGAGAGCUUCGUGCGCAAGUUGAAACAAAAGGAGGCCCUCGACGCCCUAAUGCCUCAGGCCAGCGGCAUCCAGAUAGGGGAAAGGCUCCUGCCCCUGGCCGCGAAAAUGGGUCGAUACGAUGAACUGCUGGAGUCCAUGCAGCGGUCGUCGUUGUUCUUUAUGUUCCGGCGAACAUGCUACCAGCUGCAGGUGCUCCAGAAGGCUUGUGUCCAGCAAGAGGAGAUGGAUGUGAAGGAGCUGCCUAACAACAUGUUCUCCUGGUCGUUGGAGGACUUCUUUCGACGGCGCGAGCUUAAGGACUUUGUCUACUUGGACGUUCUGGUGAGGGAUCACACCCCCUACACCUUGGGUUGGGCGAAGUACCGGGUGGAUCUGCAGGAGACCGAGCGUUUCUACAAGUAUUUCUACUCUGAGAUCUUCAAGGGCGCCGGCUACCGCAAGCUGCUGGCCCUGAUCUGGGAGCAGAAGCAAAUGCUGAUCAUCGACAAGGCCUUGGAGGUGGACCUGGAAAACUCGAAGGCCUCCUUGGAGAGUACAAAUCUCAAGGCUCGUCGCUACUCGAAUGCCUGGUGGGAGGGCUACAAGGGCAACUUGGUCGAAGAGCUCCAGCAGCACCUCAUGGAGGCAACUGUGACGAUUCCCAUCGAGUGCCGUUACCUCUGUGCCUACUACGCCACCGAAGUGGAGAUGCAGGAGAUAAAGGACAACGUGCGCACCCGCCAGCUACAGAAGGAGCUCGAUGACGUCAGAAGGUGGAUCCAGCAGAGUAACGACACCACGCAAGCGUCCCUCAAUACCUACUACGUGCUCAUCGAGGACUACCGUAAUCGACUUAGCGCACUCAGUGAUAAAUACGAUAGGGACAUGGAUCACUGGGAGAACGAAAUACUUCAAACCAACUUUCGCCUGGCCAAGGCACGCGAUGACUUGAAAGAAGCGAUUGAUAAUGUCAGUUUUAUGCGUCGCCGUAUUAACGAAGUUCAAGCUUUGAUACAGGCAGAGCAACAGGCGGAGAUCGACCGAGUGGUCAACGAGCAACAAGAACGCCAGAAGACUGCCAAUGGAACUGACACGAAUGCCCCUCGGCAGAAAGUGAAGGGCAAGGCCAAGUACCGCAAAGUCCUUUCCAAGCAACGAAAAUCAUAACUAAUAUCGUCAGGC